AUGCACAUCCUGGUCGUAAACGACGAUGGGCCCCCCAGCACCAAACUCUCACCAUAUGUCCGCCCACUAGUCGACGAACUCAAAUCCAAGGGCCACACAGUCUCGGUAGCAAUCCCAGCAGCCUCCCGCUCCUGGAUCGGCAAGGCGCAUCUAAUCGAAGCCAACCUCCAAGCAACCGCCGUACACCCAGAUGCCUUCCUCCCCGACGGAACCUGGGAUGAGGAAUUCCAGUCCCCAAACCCGGAUGACGACUGGGUUGUCAUCACCAACGGCACACCAGCCAGCUGCGCGCAAUUAGGGUUAUACAACUUGUUCAACGAGCGCCCACCAGUUGACCUCGUGAUCUCGGGACCUAAUCACGGCCGCAAUGCUUCGACUAUUUACAAUCUGUCAUCUGGGACAGUCGGCGGAGCACUGGAGGCUGUUUUCUGUGGGAAACGCGGAAUUGCGAUCUCGUUCGGCAGUAAGGAUCCGCAGAGUGAUGAAGUGAUUGCGGCGGCGGCGAGACUUGCUGUGCGCCUUGUUGCGCAUUUGUGUGAGGUUUGGGAUGAGAGGGUUGAGCUUUAUAAUAUCAAUGUUCCGAUGCGCGUGGAUGUUGAAGAUCGGCCUGUGCUCUAUACGAGGACCUUGCCUUAUUAUUGGAAUCGGGGCUGUUUGUAUGCGGAGGUGGGGAAGAAGUUGGUUAAUGGGCACAGUGAGACGAAUGGUGUGAACGGUGUGCAUGAUGAGACGCAUGAGACGAAUGGAGUCAAUGGGGUUUCAAAGCCGAAAUCGAGGCAGUUCAAGUGGUCUGCUGAUUUGUCUGAUAUGAAGAAGACGCUGGAAGAGAGUGAGGUGGGGACGGAUGCGCAUACCGUGCUGAACGGCUCGACCAGCGUGACUGCUCUCCGAGCCAACUUUUGGCAUGUGCCGGGGCUGGAAGGUCCACUGGAGCUGGAUUCUUGA